AAGAGAUACAUUCGUCAUGAGGAUACCGAAUUAUUCGCAAGACAUAAUAAAGUCGCUUGAGGUUAUCCAGCCAGCACGCUUUGAGACGGAUGCCGAGCGUUUUGAGGUCAAAGAAGCGGCUAGACGCUUGCUGAAUCGUCUCGAAACGCCAUUUGAACAAGGCUGGAGGCUCUCGUUUGAAACUCCUGUUCUCAUCGCUGGUAUCCAGACCGCUCUUGAUUUGGGCAUCUGGAAGAAAUGGACAGAGGCUGACAAGAAGAAGCCAGGCGCAGCUGUCAACUUGGACCAGGUGUUGGAGUGGGCUAAUACAGAAGUUGAGCCAAAUCUACUGCGACGGUUCUUCAGACAUCUUGCUGCACUUUAUGUCCUUGAAGAGACAGAUGUAGAUACCUGGAAACCGACACCCUAUUCACUGUCGCUCGGGGACACGGUAUCUCAUACGGAUCAAAUCACACAAUGCGGUACCGACCACACAAUCCCCACAGGCAUCAACCUCCCCCGCUUUCUCCAAAAGUACAACUACCGUGAGCCCAAUGAUCUCAAAACGCUCGACAACUACCGCGACAUGACAAACGGAACAGACUUUUUCGCUCUCUGCGCUGCGGACCCAGAGGGCAAGGGAAGCAGUUUCAUGGGCCUCAUGACCGCCCUGCGAAACCACAAGAUGGGCUGGACAGACGUCUACGACACAAAUCAAAUAAUCUCUGGAGCCAACAUAGUGCCUGGAAAACCGCUAUUCGUCGAUAUUGGCGGCGCUCACGGCCUCGAUACUUUGCGCCUGCUAGACCGACAUCCCGAGCUCCCUGCCGACGUACUGAUAGUGCAAGACACACCUGAAGUCGUGGCCAUGCAGAUCGAAGACUUGGAUCCGCGCAUUACAAAACAAGCGUAUGAUUUCUUUACGCCACAGCCACAGAUCCAUGCGCGCGCCUACUUUUUUCACGCCGUGCCGCACGACUGGCCAGACGCAGACUGCGUGCGCAUGUUCUCGCGCGUCCGACAUGCGUGCAAGUGGGGGUAUUCCAAGUUGCUGAUUUACGAGGUUGUGCUGCCGAACAAGGGGGCGACGAGUUUGAUGACGACGUUGGAUUUACAGCUUAUGAAUUGUACGAGUGGGAUGGAGAGGACAGAAGAGCACUGGGGCAGGUUGUUGAGCGAGGCCGGGUUCCGCGUCGUGGGCAUUAGUCGGCAUCCCAGGGCUGUGGAGAGCGUUAUCGAGGCGGAGUUGGCGUGA